CAUUGGCGUAAAUUCACUGGCAGGCAGGAAGCACGUGUGAGUUAGUCACUGAAGCGGUGAAACCUGACGACUAAGUUAUUUAUACAGUUGGCAGACUAUAAGUCGUUUAAAGACAAAAUGCCCGGAGACAUCAAUAAAGGGAAGAAGUCCUUUGUCCAGAAGUGUGCUCAGUGUCACACAGUGGAAAAUGGGGGGAAGCACAAGGUCGGCCCAAACCUGUGGGGUCUGCUUGGUCGCAAAACGGGCCAGGCAGAAGGUUACAGCUAUACGGAUGCAAACAAAAGCAAAGGCAUUAUCUGGGAUGAGAACACCCUGAACGUCUACUUGGAGAACCCCAAAAAGUACAUUCCCGGAACAAAGAUGAUCUUUGCUGGCAUCAAGAAGAAGAAUGAGCGUGCUGACCUUAUAGAAUAUCUUAAAUCUGCGACUUCUUAAAGAACUUUACCAUCAAGGUGAAUUGUUGUUUUCUUCUCAACAAUGGACAGUUUUUUCACAGCGAUGCCUCCUGAUUUUAUAUGAUUCACCUUCUUGGUGGAGUGACGGAUAAUCCCUGGUUUUAACAAGUUCCUUUUUUAAAUAGAAAUUAUUAAACCACAUACUGUAUUCAUAGAAGCUGCGAAAGCUGUUGUUUUAGUUCACAAAUCUGUUGUCAUCAAUUGCCUGUCCUAGUUUAGAACAACAUAUUACUUCGUUACGAUUUAGCAACCGAGUGUUUUGUUUUUAAGAUGUUUGGUUGUUUUUUUUGUAUUGAAUAAAACACUAACCAAGA